GGAAAGAAAAUAAACCCUUCGAAUCCAAAGCUUUCCCAAAUAAAUCUCUGCAAUUUAACAUUUAUAUAUAUAAGCAAUUCGAAAACCACAAAAAUAAAAUCACCCAUUUGUCUAUGGGUCUCUCUCUCUAGGUUCUGCUUCUGCGUCUCCUUGCCUCCCGAUAUUGGCUUCCCAAAUACUUGAUACACCGGCUGGUUAAUCCAAUUUUUUUAUUCAUUUGUCAAUGGCGGAUUCGGAAAAUGCCCUUCCACUUAAUAAGAAGCGAGCUGCUGGGAGGGAACUGUCUCGGGAUAACCCAGGCCUUGAUGACGAGGACGAUGCUUCUGAUGCAGAGAUUGGAACUUUCAAGAGGGCCAGUGAGGAGGUGCUGGCCACCAGAAGAAUUGUGAAGGUUCGUCGCCAGCAGUGUACAUCUGCCCCCGCUUCUAAUACUUCCAAUCCUUUUGCUGGUAUACGCUUAGUGCCUCCAACAGGAGCAACUGCAGCCCCUGCUGCAGCUAGCACACCACCUGCCAGUGAAACACGAGUUUCAGAUGAGGAUAAUAAGCAGCCAGAAAGCAAGGUUGAACAGGCUGAUCAAGCUGCGGAUGACUCUGCUGCAGAUAAGGAGAAUGUUGUGAAGGAGAACAAUGAAGUUUCCAGUGAGGCAACGGAACAACCUGAACCAUCUGUGGGUGAAAAUAAGACAAAUGAGGGUGAUGCAGUAAAUGAGGAAGAGGAAAAGGCUGAAAUUGAAGAUAAGAAAGAUGGAGAAGAUAAGAAAGAUAACAAAACUGAAAAUGUUGAUCCAAGUCCGGAAGGUAACUCGUUGAGCUCAUUCCAACAGCUUUCGAGUAGCCAAAAUGCCUUCACAAAUAUCUCUGGAACCGGGUUCUCCACAUCCAGUUUUUCAUUUGGGCUUAUUUCAAAGGAUGGGUCUGCAUUGGGUACUGGCUCUAGUUCACUUUUUGGAUCAAAUAAUGAUCAGCCUUCUGGUAUUGGUCUCUUGCGUAAUGGAAGUUCUUCACUCUUUGGCACAUCAGGGCCCUCAGUUGUACCUAAGAGUGAUGGUGGUGCCUUCCCGCCAAUGCAAGAGAUUUCAGUUGAGACUGGGGAAGAAAAUGAGAAAGUGGUUUUCACUGCUGAUGCUGCGUUGUUUGAAUUUAUUGAUGGAGGCUGGAAGGAACGUGGAAAGGGAGAUCUGAAAGUUAAUGUAUCUGAAUCUGAGAAAGCCAGACUUGUGAUGAGACUCAAGGGAAUUAGGAAGGUAAUUCUGAAUGCAAGCCUUUACCCAGACAUGAAGCUCACGAACAUGGAGAAGAAAGGUGUAACAUUUGCCUGCAUGAACAGUAUCGAUGAAAAGAAGGAUGGGCUUUCCACCUUUGCUUUGAAGUUCAAGGAUGGUUCCAUAGUCGAGGAAUUUCGAGCUGCUGUUACAGCACAUAAAGAAAAAGGUAAGGCAUUUACAGCUAUGAAGACUCCUGAAAAUUCUCCCAAGGCAUCUGAUGAUUAAAAGGGUAGCUUAGCUUAUGUCAAUGCUUGCUGAGUUUCAUUUCCUAUCGCAACUUUUCCCUGUUGUCGUCCUUGCCCCUUUUUGGGAAGAAAACGAAGUUGUUUUAGAGUCUGGCUGUUCCGAAGCCCUUUUGUAGCGGAGUUAUAGAGUCCUGCCCGUUUUGUUUUAGUUUUAAUUUCAGUCUAAUGUUCGAAAGACCAGUGGUAACUCAUUCUGGAUAAAUCGUAUGCGGUUAAAUCA